AUGGCCAAAGAUGCGGUGCUAUCGCGGAUAGCGAAAGGCCUUGGGGCGUAUAUGGAGGGGUUUGACGGUUCAACCUCGAGCGAGAUCAUCGUGUUGACCAUUCGACUGAAGUAUGAAUGGCAAGCGGCGGAGUCACUUGAUAAGUUUCCGCAUACAUAUGUCUCGUGCAUCACAGAACCCAGCUCUCUCAGCUUUGUGAGGACUCGAAGUCUACAUCGGCCUUGUAUAACUAUUGUCGUGAACCUGAAUAACCGGUAG